UACCUAUCAAAGUACCAAACACAGCAAUUAGUGCGGUACUAACACUGUGUACUGCACUUUCAAAAUCGAGACUAAUGUUGUACAAAUUAUUAUUUGACAUUUAUUUCGUUAUUUCACGUUUUAGGUAUUUAGUCUACGAAUUUACGAGGUCAAAAUAUUUUUAGGACGUUUUAAUCGAUAUUUAAUUAUCGUCGAUAAUUUUUCCGAGGCGUUGUACAACACUAUUUUUAUUUAUUGUAAUCCGGUGAACAGUUUUUUUUUACCGGCGUCGUUUUUAAAUUUUUUUUUUUUUCGUCAUAAAUGAUCCACUGAUUUGGUCUUGGUACAAGCACCUCAAUUGAUUUCACGUCUCACACGUUCAAAUUGUGCGCCGAAAAUGGAUGUGGUCAACGAGAAUUUCUAUCAGUUGUUGCCGGAAAUCGAACAGGCCAUUGCCGAAUGUGAUUUCAUUGCGAUCGACGGAGAAUUCACCGGUCUUCACAAUGGUACUAUGGUCAGCAUAUUCGAUACGGCAGCUCAGUAUUACCAAAAACUCAGAAGUAAUUGUAUGGACUUUUUGAUGGUUCAAUUUGGUUUGUGUGCUGUCAAAUAUAAUGCCGAAAAGAAAAAGUUUACAUACAGGGCAUAUAAUUUCUAUACCUUUCCAAAGCCCAUGAGUCGAUAUGCUCCAGAUUGCCGAUUUCUCUGUCAGUCUUCCAGCAUGGAAUUUCUAAGCAACCACAAUUUUGACUUUAAUAAACUGUUUAAACAUGGCAUUCCUUUCCUUACUGUGCCUGAUGAACAAGUAUUACAAAAUGAACUGCUUAAUCGAUAUAAGCAAAAUUGUUCACAGGCUCAGACACCAUCAAAAGUCUCUGACUACAUACCUAUACCAGAUAAUCAUAAAGCAGAAAUAGAAACUGCUUGUGAAAAAGUAAAGGAACUUUUAGAAAGCGAAACAAGUUCUGAAGUCAUUAUAGCAGAGAAAACCAAUUCUUUUGUUCGUAAACUUAUCUAUCAGGAAGUUUAUAAAAGGUAUUCAGAUACCAAAGUAAGUUUACAGUCUAGAACAGUGGAAGAUAUUGGUAACGUGAUGGUAGCUUUCAAGGGAAGAACAAGACUGUUAAUGGCACAAGAAAGAAUGGAACGGGAACAGAUUGAAUUAGAAAAAGCUGUUGGUUUUUCAGCAGUCUUAAAGAAAAUCAUAGCUUCUAAUAAACCAGUUGUUGGACACAAUAUGACAUUAGAUGUUUGCCAUAUGAUUCACCAGUUUUGUUUACCAUUGCCAUUUAGCUAUACUGAAUUUCAAGCUAUAGUUAAAACAAUAUCAUAUCGCUUUUUGGAUACAAAGUAUAUAAGUGGUACGGAACCACUUAAACCAUUCUUCGGAUCAACAGUAUUGAAUGAUUUAAAAAAGUCACUAGAAGAGCAAUGUCCAAAUUAUACAGAUAUGGAACCAGAGGUACCUGAAGUUGGUUACUCUGAUGAUGUAUCUAAGUUGCAUGAUGCUGGUUUUGAUGCAUAUUUGACCAGUACUGUUUUUGUCAAUCUCUGCAACUUAUAUGGUAAAGUGAAAGGUAUCAAAGAACACAUUUCUACUGAUUCUGAUUAUCUUAAGCAGUUUGAAAAUAAACUCUACAUGAUUCGGUAUAAUGAAGAUCCAUGUUUAAACUUAAAUGGUCCUGAACCUCAACUUCAAAGAAGUCAUGUUUAUCAUAUUACAUUCCCAGCAGAAUGGAAAACUAUUGAUAUCACAAACAUAUUUAGUCCAUUUACUAAUGUAUUUAUCAAAUAUAUUAAUGAUACAUCUGCUUGGGUGGCGUUGAGAGAUGGGACUCAAGCAAAAGCAAUGAAUAAAAUUUUGCCAAAAUUACAAGCCCUUCACAAAAACAUUAUGUUGUUACCUUGGUCUGUUUACUACAAAGAUACAUAUACUACUAAUGCAUCAACUACAACAAAAAGAAAAAUUAGCAAUUGUUCGUCAUCACCUCCUAAAGAUAACGUUGAUUCGUCAAUUGCUGAGGAUUCAUCUGAUGAUCAUGAUGGCCAUACACCAGAAAAAGUACCACGAAUUUCAAGAGGACAAAGAGUUUCAAAAGGAGGAACUAUAAGUCCAAUAUUAGAAGGAGAUGAAUCUACUGAAUUAGAUGCUGACUCUUCAGCUGUAUCAAACAUCACUGAUGUGGAUUUAAGAAACAAUAGUUUAAGUACUCCAAGCUAUGCGCAAACUUUAAAGACAAAAAAAGAUACAGAUACAGCAGAAUUAAAAACUAUUUUCCCAGUUGCUUCAUGGGAUUAGUAAUACAUAAUUAUUAUUCUAAUGCAAUUUAUCUGUAAAUAUAUUAUGUUGUACGAAUAUUA